AUGGUAUUCAAACAUAUUUUCUAUGUAUCAUCAUCUGAACAAUUAGUUGAUGAUUUAGGUAAGAAGACGUUAGUUGGGUUGAAAGUGAUUCUCUUAUGGUCAGGGUCGCAAAAUUUUCAAUUGCCCUGCGGCUGUUAUGUUACCAGUAAUCGAGAAUUGUACAAAUCAUCAGCUGAUACAAUUCUUUUCGAUUGGAAACAAUUACUUGUGAAUGAGAAUCGAUCGAUUCCUGGGAUAAAAAGACCAGGACAAACAUGGAUUUGGUACAAUCGUGAACCUCCAAGUACAAGUUUCGUCGAUUUGGACAUUGACCCUUAUUGGUUAAAAUCGAUAGAAAAUUUGUUCGAUUGUUGGAUUAGCUAUCGAAAUGAUUCCGAUUUCGUUCAUCAUCGGUUUGAUAUUGUUCCAAGUUCAUCAUCAAUUUCUUCAUCUUCUUUAGCCAAUUCAAAGAAACAAAAACGACGGAAAAUGUCACUAACCAAUAAGAAGCGAAAUGUGGCCUGGUUUGUGAGCCAUUGUAACGCUGAGAGCGGUCGAGAUGAUUUCGCUAAACAAUUAGCGAAAUUCAUUGAUAUCGAUAUUUAUGGUGAUUGUGGUGCUUUCAAAUGCUCCAAGAUUAAUCCUGAUCUAUGUUAUCAAAUGGUCGAAGACGAUUAUAAGUUUUAUCUUUCCUUUGAGAAUUCAAUUUGUCGCGAUUAUGUGACUGAACGAUUGAGCAACGUUCUCAAAUAUAAUAUCGUUCCAAUUGUUUUCGGUGGAUUCAAUUAUUCAUCUCUACUUCCUCCUGAUUCCUUUAUCAAUGCCUUUGACUUUGAUUCUCCAAGUAAAUUGUCCGAUUAUCUAAAACUAGUGGCCAACAAUCAAACAGCAUAUAAUCAAUAUUUCAAUUGGAAAAGCAAAUAUCAAGUAGUUGAGAAACCAUUUAAUUCAGUUCUUUGUGAUAUUUGUGAUUCCAUGAAAGUUCAGCUUCAUGAUGAGCCAAUUUGUCACCAUGAUAAUAAUAAAACUCUUACCAAUUGGUAUUUCAAUGAAGCUAAUUGUUUCCAAUGGGAUCCUAAUAUGAAACUGAUUCCUGUUGAUUAUAAAUUAUAAAACAAUUACCAUUACAAUUUCAUACUAAUCAUUUUAAAUCAUAUCAAU